AGCUACAGCAAUGGCGGCUCCCAUGUCCUGGAGGGGGCUGGUGCAUUCUGUAUACUCACCGGCUAUCGCUGGGGUUUUUACACGGAUAUCUGACCGGCUGUUCCGCGUACGGGACAGAAGAAGAGGGUCCUCUGUGCUAUUGCUGGCUCCCCUGCUUGCUGAAAUGGAUCCAGCUCCACGACGUACCUCCAAGCCCACUGGAUCAGCCGGAGCUCAAGGCACAGAAGGCCUCAGCACCCACUUCCGAUGGAUGGCGGAGCAAGUACCUGCCUUCCGUGUGCCGGGCGCCCACAUCCACAUUCUGACCUCACCUGACCAGUUCUAUCAGGCAAUGAAGGCACGCAUAAAGACAGCGCGGAGGCGAGUGGUGAUGGCCUCGCUCUAUCUGGGAACAGGUCAGCUGGAACAGGAGCUGGUGGAAUGUAUGGAGGAAGCUCUCCAGCACUCAAAGGAAAACAGCCUCUCUCCUGAACUAAAAGUCUCCAUAUUACUGGACUACACACGUGGAUCACGAGGGCAGAUUAACUCGAGGACCAUGCUGCUGCCUCUGUUGCAACGCUUCACGUCUCAGAUGCGGGUGUCUCUGUACCACACUCCGGACCUGAGGGGCCUGUUGCGGCUUCUGGUCCCGCAGCGCUUCAACGAGACCAUCGGCGUUCAGCACAUCAAAGUCUACCUGUUUGACGACAGCAUUAUCAUCAGCGGAGCCAACCUGAGUGAUUCAUACUUCACCAACAGACAGGAUCGCUACGUGCUGCUGGAGAACUGCAGGGAAGUGGCAGAUUUUUUCUCCGACCUGGUGGAAGCCGUGGGCGACGUCUCCCUGCAGCUUCAGCCUGACGACUCGGUCACCAUGCUGGAGGGCAUGGUGCACCCAUACAAAGGCAACCGGCAGGACUUCUCAGCAGUGGCGAGGAAGCGGAUCAUGGAGGUGGUGAACAUGGCACACAUGAGGCAGAAGCUGCAGCACCGCUCUGAAGACUCCGAAGAUGAGGGGAUGAGCGAGGGGGAGGAGGACACCUGGGUGUUCCCUCUGGUGCAGAUGAAACCUCUGGGCAUUCAGGUGGACGAGCAGGUCACACAGCGCCUGCUGACGGAUGCUGGGCCAGAAUCUACCGUCUAUUUGACAUCAGGUUACUUCAACCUGACCCGGGCCUACAUGCGACUGGUGCUCGGAGCUGGAGCCAGCUACCGCAUCCUUACCGCCUCCCCUGAGGUCAACGGGUUCUUCGGGGCCAAGGGUGUCGCUGGAGCGAUCCCUGCAGCUUACAUUCACAUCGCCAGGCAGUUUUACAACCAAGUGUGUCGAAUGGGCCAGCAGGAGAGAGUCCACCUCCACGAGUACCACAGGUCGCAGUGGACGUUUCACGCUAAAGGUCUGUGGUAUUACCUCCAGGGGCAGAAUCGGCCUUGCCUCACUCUAAUUGGCUCUCCUAAUUUCGGUUACCGCUCUGUUCACCGUGACUUGGAGGCCCAAAUCGCUAUAGUAACGGAGAACGAGGAGCUGCAGAGCCAGCUGCAGGAGGAGCAGGAGAUGCUGUACCAGCGGUCCACAGAAGUGUCCAGCUCCACGUUUCAGCGGCCAGACCGUCAUGUCAAGCUGUGGGUGAAACUUGUCACUCCUCUCAUCAAGAACUUCUUUUGAGACUCCAACAGGCGGGUUUCUCUGACCCUGAGUUGUGAAGGAUUUGGUUGGAGACACUUUGACCAACUCGACAAUCAUCAGCAUGCUGAGAGUCGACGCCUUUGGCAUCACCUGAUCGAUAUGCGUCAGGAUAUGACUCUCAAACACGCACACACACAUACAUACACGGGAGUGGAUGUAUGUAAGUCCUCUUUAUUUACGGUGGAUGACUCCGUUAUAUUUAUAUCUAAUCAGCAGACAUCAUCACACUGUGGAUUUUUUGUUCUGUAGUGGUACUAACUGGAAACAUUUCAAGAAACUACUUCUCUUAAAAAACACACACCUCCAUAAGAACCAGUGUUGCAUGCAUAAGAACUAAACUGACUUGAUAGUUGAAAGUCUCAUCUGUAAUUAAAGCUGUGACGGUAAACGGACGGGUGUGGUGAAGCUCCAGUCCCUCAAGGAGCCUUAAUAGCAGCUCUCAUGGUGUGUUUACAGCUCUGCCUACGCAAACCUGUACAGUUAUGUGUUAUUAUGUUUGUAAAUUAAAGGAAAAUGUGGCAAGUUUUUAAAGUGACUUAUAAAGUUUUGUCCUUUUUUGUCUGGUGGAAGAGUUUUAGUUGCAAAUUUACACCAAAGGAUGCAGUUUGAAACUGUGAUGUGAAAGAUCAGCCUGUUUGCUUGACCAUUAGCUUUAGUGUCUUUCAGCUUCUUGUUUUGGUGUUCCAAAACCUAAAAAAAAAAGGUUUACUCAAGUUUUGCAAACACCAAAGAUUCCAAAUGUUUAGAGCAUUAUAUGAAAUUUGCAGACACACUUGCAAAUUCUG